CUCACAUAUCCCUAGAGGAUAAGAUGCCAUGGAGGCCACAGGAAGAAUAGCGCUUUACUUCUGCUCUGCUCUCUUCAUUCUAACAGAUGUAAGCUCUGAGUUCAUCCACAUCCCUUCCUUGGUACAUUAUGGUAUUGAAGGGAAGGGCCUUCACUUGUCUGUUGAGACUCGCUUCCCGUUGGAUGAAGUUGAGAUCCAGGGAACGUGGUCACACACCAGGCCGAGCGGCACCAGAGCCACGUUGGUGACGUUUACCAAAGAGGCCAAAAUAACUGACAUGACGUACCGCAACCACCUCAUCUUUAGAGAACCAAAUCUUUCUUUGCAAAUCCCGGAGUUAAACCAGGACGAUGAGGGGGAUUACCAGCUGAACCUCAACAUAAAGUUUAACAAGACAGGACUGGUUAUCAAGGAGAAGCGAACUGUGCAUGUCACAGUGGAUGUCCCUGUGUCCACUCCAGUCAUAGAGAAGAGCCCAUCAUAUGCAGUUGUGGAGGACAAGGCAAACGUAACCUGGACUUGUUCUGUCGAGAGAGGAACAAGAGUUGUGUUCCAAUGGCUAAGGGACAACAUCGCACUAGAUCCCAGUGACAGAUACCACUUCUCCCAAAACAAUGCAACAUUGUUAAUCAGCCCUGUGAGAAAAGAGGACAAGGGAACUUACCGCUGUGUUGCCAGCAACCCUGUCAGCCAGGGUAGGCACAGCAGGGCCGUGGAACUCAAUGUCUAUUAUGGCCCCUACAACCUGGAGGUGAACUCGGGCCAGGGCCUGCGGACAGGAGAAGUGUUCACCAUCAACCCUGGAGAGCUGGUCUUCUUCGAAUGCCAGGCUGAUUCCAACCCGCCCAACAGCUACGUCUGGAUCUCUAAGAGCCACAACGGCACCCAGGUCAUCACUGAGGGCCCGCGGCUGGAGGUGCUCUCCUACAGACUGGCCCAGGCUGAAGAGUACCUGUGCCGUGCCUUCAACAAUGUGACGCAGAAGCAGGACGAGGCACAGUUUACUCUUGUGGUGGCCAGCUUAGGAACAGGGAAAGAGAAGCACACCCAGGAAGGCAGCUCUGUAUCUCCUCUGGCAGCCAUUACCGUCUGCUCUUUGUUCGUCAUCGGCUGUAUGCUGCUGUUCUUCCUCAGGAGAACCUGCCAUCCCAAGAGAGUGCUUAUGAGCAUUUACAACAGACCACUUUCAGAGCAGAGACGACCACAUCGUUCAGGUCACGAGGACGCAACAGAAGACUUUGGCAUCUACGAGUUUGUCUCCAUACCUGGGAAAAUGGAAUCUGCACAGGCAUCAUGCAGAUCUCUGGCUCGUCUGGAGUCAGUUCAGGAUAUGCACACCACCAUCUACGAUGUGAUCAGACAUGUUCCUGAAACCCCAAGUCACAGUUUGCUUAAGUAAAGUCGAGCUUGAGAGUUGAAACAUAACUCACAGUCAUUUCACUUGAAGACUCCUGUGUAGCUUUAUUCUCUUAAGGCCCUGAAACACUGGCUUUGGUGGCCCACUUUUUGCACAGGGGAUGAAGGAGAAUUGUGUGAGUACACAACCUGAUCGUGCACUGUUAUUGUCCAGAGAAUGGGACAGAUGUUAAAAUGUCUUUUGUUAAAAUUAUCGUGAGAUGAAAGUGUAUGUGUUUUUUAAUGUGUAACUGAAGUUUAAACUGUUUGGCCUUUUCCGUUAAAAACUGAAGAUCAAUGGGAUCUUCAUAUUAAACCAAGCAAAUUAGAAGAAACCAUUUUGGGUAGGUAAAAGUUUUUGAAAUUCUUACCUACCCAACCUUGAUUAGGCUAUUUAAAAUAUAUAUUUAAUUUUAAAAAGGUUUUUUUUGAUUUUCAUUUCAAUAAUACAUUCCUGGCAAAGAGAGU